AUGAUCGACAACACGCCGGUGCCAAUCCCGACAGGUCCCCUUCGCCGCCCACACCCGCCCGACUUGACCAGCUUCAACGUUCGCAAUUUUAAAAUUUGUUACGAUUCGGUGAUCGCCCAGCUCCACGACAAGAAGAACUGCUGCCCGAAAUGCGGAAUCAGGAAAGACAUCUUUGACGACAACGGCUACAAGCAGCACCUGGAAACGCACGUCAAAGAGAAUCUUCGCAAAGAACCGAAAAAUACCCUGAAUAAGCAACGCCGGUGGUACGUGAGCCUGGAAGUUUGGGUCUCUGAUUUUGGCCAAAACGAAGCCACGUCUGUGAAGGAGGCCGAGAAAGAGAACGCUCCGAGAGCUCCAACGACGGCUCGACUGGCGGCUGGCGAUACCGGAAAGAAGGUGUGCUUCGCGUGUCGUGACAGCUUCAAGCGGGUCUUUGACGACGACGAAGAAGUCUGGUUUCUGAAUGAUUGUGUCAUCUCGCAGGGCCAGUACUUCCAUGAAAGCUGCGUCUACGUGCUGACCAUCAAGGAAGAGGAGUUCGAGCGUUCGAGCGAGUCCGAGCUUCCCGGGCUCGGAGAA